CAGCUACACUGCAAUUUACGCUGCUGCUGGGCCCCGGAAUACAGCGAGGAAGUGUGGGGAAAUUUGUAUAGAAAAGACCCCUCCCGUCGUCUACUUACCAAACCAACACAUCCAUCAUACACACACAGCAGACAUGUCCAUCACUACACCCAUCACAAAGCUAUUCGGCAUCAAGCACCCCAUCCUGCUUGCCGGCAUGAACCAGGCUGCUGGCCCGGAACUCGCUGCUGCAGUCACCAACGCCGGUGGUCUCGGUGUCAUUGGCGGUGUCGGCUACACACCCGAGUUCCUGCGUGAGCAAAUCGCAGACCUCAAGGCUGCCCUCAAUGACAAGAGUGCACCCUUCGGUGUCGACCUCCUCCUUCCACAGGUCGGUGCUGGUGCGCGCAAGACCAACUACGACUACACCAAGGGAUCUCUCCCCCAGCUCGUCGAUGUCAUUAUCGCAUCCGGCUGCAAGCUCUUUGUUGCCGCCGUCGGUGUUCCUCCCAAGGAAGUCGUUGACAAGCUCCACAAGGCCGGUAUUCCGGUCAUGAACAUGAUUGGACACCCCAAGCACGUUUCCAAGGCACUCGCUGCAGGUGUCGACAUCAUUUGCGCUCAGGGUGGCGAAGGUGGUGGUCACACUGGUGAUGUCCCCACUUCCAUCCUCAUCCCAGAGGUCGUUGAACUCUGCAACAAGGCAAAGUCCCCUCUUACUGGUGACAAGGUUCAUGUCAUUGCUGCUGGUGGUAUCUACAACGGCAAGUCUCUUGCUGCUGCCCUUGCCUUUGGCGCAGAGGCCGUUUGGGUCGGUACACGAUUCGUUGCUGCUAAGGAAGCCGGUGCAUCCAAGGCUCACCAGGAAGCCGUUACUACUGCCGGCUACACCGACACCCUGCGUACCAUCAUCUUCACAGGCCGUCCUAUGCGUGUGAGGAACAGCAAGUUUAUUGCUGAGUGGGAGGCCAAGCCUGACGAGAUCAAACGUCUCACCGGCCAAGGUGUGAUUCCUGCCAUCUUUGACUUGGAGAAGCGCGAGAAGGACGGUACCCUUGACGAGGAGACUGAGCUCGAUGCACGACCUUUCCUCAUGGGUGCCGUGGCUGCUGCCGUCAACGACGUCAAGCCAGCUGCUCAGAUUGUGGAUGAAAUGAUGGCUGAAGCCGUUCAGCAGAUUAAGCGUUCUGCCCAGUACGCCCGUAUCUAGGUACGUCGCUCUGCGAGCAGGUAUUAUUCCCUUCGUCCAUAGA